CGCAGGUCGGAGAGGUCAGCCAUGUCCAUGCCGAUCAACAGCGGUGAUGGUGCUUCGGAACAACUGCUUAAUCAUCUUUUAGAAAGACUUCGCUCUCGAUUGGAACAUAUUCUGGGACGCAUGCCUCUGGACCUGGACUUCUUAGAGUUCACUUGCACACAAGAACUUGUGUUUUUAAAUGCUGUGUCCAGUCAAGUAACUGUUUGUCCAGCUAUUUUAGACGCACUGACACAGCUACACAGUCUCAUCAAUUUGGAAAAAGAGAAAAGGGAGCAACACAUUGCAGUUGUGCAGUUUGAGCAAGGACCAGCUGGGCGACAGCAGAUGACCAUAUCCCCAGACUACCUUAGCAAACUUCUGGAACUUAAUCUGUCUGUUCCAUGUAUAGCUAAACUCUUGGGAAUGUCCAGACGAACAGUGUACCGACGCAUGGCUGAGUAUGAUCUCUCUGUAAAGGCACUGUACAGCACUAUGACUGAUGACGAGUUAGAUCAGUGUGUGAGAGAGAUUAAAUCUAGGCAGCCCAAUUCUGGGUAUCGAAUGAUGAAGGCCCUCCUGCAAGCCAGAGGACUGAGGGUGCAGUAUAACCAUGUCAGAUCCUCCAUGCACCGUGUUGACACCACUGGUGUCAUUAACCGAAUGGUCCAUGUAGGAUGCAUUGCUCGACGGACCUACUCAGUUCCAGGACCCCAGUCUUUGAUGCACAUAGAUACAAACCAUAAAUUGAUUCGCUACAACAUUGUUGUCUUCGGAGGCAUUGAUGGUUUUUCCCGUAAGAUAAUGUAUCUUGGUACAGCCUCCAACAACCUCGCAUCAACCACCCUGGCAUUCUUCCAAGAAUCUGUUGAGAAGUUUGGUUUUCCUCUCAGGGUACGUGCAGACCAGGGAGUUGAAAACGUGGAUGUGGCACGCAUCAUGUUUACAGUCCGUGGCACUGGAAGGAGCAGCUUUAUAUCCGGGAAGAGUGUUCACAACCAAAGGAUUGAGCGGCUGUGGAGAGACCUGUGGGCACCUGCAUCUACUAUGAUGUUCUCCACUACCUUGAAGAAGAGGGCUUCCUCAGCAUCGCCAAUGAAACACACCUCUUCUGCUGUCACUUCGUGUUCCUCCCACGCCUGCAGGAUGACCUGGAUACUUUCCGCAAUGGUUGGGACAACCAUCCCCUGAGAACAGAGAGCCACAUGACCCCUAACCAGCUGUGGGAGCUCGGUCGUACACACUACCCAGUUCCAGGACCAGGUAACACAGAGGGCAUGGAUAUUCCUGAUAUUGAGUGGGAAAACAGUGGACUUCCUUGUGAUGACCACUCGAGUGUCAUUGUUCCAGACACAGCAUGCCCACUGACUGAUGGACAACUGACAUCUUUAAGAGAUGCAGUUGACCCAAGAGCUGCAUCCCAGUCCUUUGGCACUGAUAUUUACAUUGCUGCUGU